CCCACCCUUAUCCCACCAUAUCUAUGCAAGUUUCUGCCCUCUUAACCUUUUUUUCUAGCUCUGAUAAGGCUCUUGUAGAAGCCGUUGUUCCACAUCGUCUUUCCUGGUAAUAAAUUUAUUCACUCGGCUACCUCGCUUGAACUUGUUUGCUUGCGAAUUUUCACCCACCUUGUUGGAUAGCUGUGUCACCUUACUACGUCAAUCUCUUCUCUCCUGAUGCCCUGCCAAGUCCAAUAUCCCCGUAAGGCAUACUUAUAGAUUUUCAUAAGAUCAUUGAUUCCCUGCGCCUUCGGUAUUUGCAUCAAUUCACAUUGGUAUUUGCUCUUCCUGCGAAGCGUUUUUACUUGCCCAAAAUACUACACGCGAAUUGAGUCUGUAUAUAUCCUUAAACAAUAUCAUGAAAGGAGGACUCGAAUCGUAACCGAAGUGUCCAGCCCAGUUGUUGACUUCGCCCGUCCAAGAAUGAGGUUCCUCUCACUCGUAUUUCUCGCACCCUUCCUAAUAUCGACCCUCGCCGCGCCAAUAAUAACAGAACCAGAACCAGAACCAGAAACAGAACAAGAACCAGAACAAGAACUGGAGGUCGACACAAAAUAUUUCCACGAGCCAGGUGGUGGGGAUGAAUGGGGUCACUAUGAUAUCAGAUACUUCAGUGGCGCUCCAGUAUCGUACGAAGUAAAACGUCAUACACUUCACAAUCUUAUCCGCUCCUACCUCAGUAUUUUCCGCUCAAAGAACAUUGAAACCUGGAUUGCUCAUGGGACCUUGUUGGGAUGGUGGUGGAAUGGGAAAAUCAUGCCUUGGGAUUGGGAUCUGGAUACGCAAGUUUCUGCCUCGACAUUAACUUGGUUAGGUCAGAAUAUGAACAUGACUUUACACAACUUCACGAUUUCAGAACUUGACGGGUCCACGGGGGAAAGACAGUAUUUACUUGAUGUGAAUCCGCAUAUUGAUGAUCGACUACGGGGAGACGGACAGAAUGUUAUUGAUGCGCGAUGGAUUGAUACUGUUAAUGGGCUGUUCAUUGAUAUCACUGGCCUUGCGGAGACAAAUCCAAGUAUGCAGCCUGGGAUAUGGAGUUGUAAGAAUUUCCAUCGAUAUAGAACGAGGGACCUCUAUCCGUUGAGAGAGACGGAAUUUGAAGGUGUUCAGGCUUUGGUACCUUAUUCUUUCGAUCGUAUCUUGACGGAGGAGUACUCGUCAAGAGCUCUAACAAAAACCCAGCAUGAAGGGUAGGUCUUGAUCUUUGCGUGCCCAGCUGGAACAUCUUAUGGGGUUUUUACUGAUUCUCAAUAGACAUCAAUGGUUCCCAGCACAAAAAGAAUGGAUCAAGCAAGACAUCUUCUCGCAAGAAUCCAUGACAAAUGGCCAAGCAGCCAAAGACGCAGCCCACAUUCCCAAGUCUCUAAAGGGAGAAGCUGUCCCUGGAUUCGGCAAUCUUUGGAAAGCUGUCGGUUAAAUUAUGCACGGGGGCAAGAAAAGAUUUUUAUCCCGUUAAAUGAAUACGUCAAUGACACUGCGACUUUACUGGAGCAAUAAUGUGGCGACAUGGAUAAGAUUGAACUCUCGGCAUUUUGAUUGUACGAAGGAGAGAAUACUUUCAUAUAGAAUACGAUCUCACGAUACACACCGGUGCAUUUUGCAGCAUUUUGAGUUUGGCAUACCAAAGGAGUGAAGGUUUUAUCACAAUUGUGGAUAUACGGCAUUCAUUUUUUGUUUGGCAUACCAUGGCGUUUUUGGUGGAGGCUCCACUCAUUGUUUUCAUGGGCUGGUAUGUAAGUAAAGUUAAUCAGUGAGAGGAAGGCAUGAAGAAGCUACCUUUGGGGUUUUGGAAG